AAAUGCAAUUCGAGUGAAACGCCCGAUACAGUACGAGAAAGCACCGCGGCCCCGAACCGGUCGACGACAAGACAACGUUCGGAUCGAACAAAACCGGUCACUGAGUGAGGAUAAUGCUUAGACCGCGACGGCCGCUCACACUGCUCCGCUCACUCUACGCCCACCAUACAUCUUCCUCCAUGUCGGCCCGCCACAGCCGCUCCAUGGCUACCUCCGCCGGCACCGACCAUCCCAUAACCCCUGCCACCACCCGCAUCGGCUGGAUCGGCACCGGCGUGAUGGGCCGCUCCAUGUGCGCCCACCUCCUCAGAGCCGGCUACUCCCUCACCGUCUUCAACCGAACCCUAUCCAAGGCCCAACCCCUCCUCGACCUCGGCGCCCAGCUCGGCUCCUCCCCCAGCUCCGUCGCCGCCCAGUCGGACGUCGUCUUCUCCAUCGUCGGCUUCCCCUCCGACGUACGCUCCGUUCUCCUCGAUCCCACCUCCGGCGCCCUCUCCGGCCUCAGGCCCGGGGGCGUCCUUGUCGACAUGACCACGUCCGACCCCUCCCUUGCUGUCGAGAUCUCCUCCGCCGCCGCCUCCAAGGGUUGCUCCGCCGUCGACGCCCCCGUCUCGGGCGGCGACCGCGGUGCCCGGGAGGGGACGCUGGCGAUAUUCGCAGGCGGGGACUCACCCACCAUCCGCCGCCUGGAGCCGCUGUUCUCCCUCCUCGGGAAGGUGAACCACAUGGGUGGCCCGGGGAAGGGCCAAUAUGCGAAAUUGGCCAAUCAGAUCACGAUCGCCUCCACCAUGGUGGGCCUGAUCGAGGGCAUGAUAUACGCCCACAAGGCCGGGCUCGAUGUUGGAUCGUGGCUGAGUGCGAUAUCGACUGGGGCCGCAGGCUCCAAGUCGCUCGACCUAUACGGGGCGAGGAUCCUGAAGAGGGACUUUGACCCCGGGUUUUAUGUGAACCAUUUCGUGAAGGACUUGGGGAUUUGCCUCAAGGAAUGCGAGAGGAUGGGGAUCGCCCUGCCUGGGCUUGCCCUGGCACAGCAGCUCUAUGUGUCUCUCAAGGCCCACGGGGAGGGAAAUUUGGGGACUCAAGCUCUGGUAUUGGUCCUCGAGAGGCUCAACAAUGUCUCCCUCAAAAAUGCACCUGCGACAUAGGCCGGUGAAUGAGAUUCACUGUACUUUGUAGUACUGGUAUGUCGCGUAUCAUGUUUUGUUUCGAGAGUACAAAGAAUAGAGAUGGAGCGGAUACAUAGAAUCGACCUGCAUAAUGUUUAUAUCCUGGAAAUUGAGUACUCUGCCCGUUCGAAGUUUAUUCGACUGCAGUGUACCAAUAUUACUGCAUGUGUACUGGUGCAAUGUUAUGGAUCAUCAUUUGCAAUUGCAGUCACAAUCUUACUGUUGCCUA